GCAAACUGUCAGCUCAGACUAACUAGAAAACCUUCAGCCGUCAGAGAAUUGGGGCAGCGGCAACAAAAACAAAACAAUACAAAAAUAAAAAAUAAAAACCGAACAUCAGUAUUAAGGUGAAAAAAUUCCACUGGUCAGCAUCUGAACCGACGCCUUGAAAUCCGAGACAACAAGGGAUUUUAAACAGAAACGCAGGAGUACAAGUCAAGCUAGGACAUCAGUAACGAUAGCUGGGACCUGAAAACGUUACAUAUUUGUGACGGCGAAAAACAGCCUGCAACCAGCUGCCCCCCUGCCUUCAAGGUGCCUUUACCAUGGUGAUACUAAAAGAAUCAUACACUUUACAAUAAGCCAGAGGAAAAACGUCUUGUCACAGUUGCGUUGCCUCACUUUCAGCACCAUCAUUUUAAAAACUUUUCUCCCACGACGGCGCUAACCCGGUACAGCCAUGCAUCUAGAGGUGAAGGUUGCCCUCAACUUCAUUGUGUCCUACCUGUACAACAAGCUGCCACGGCGUCGAGCUGACCUGUUCGGCGAGGAACUGGAGAGGAUACUGGUGUCUCGUUUUGAGGGUCACUGGUACCCCGAAGCACCUCUCCGAGGCUCUGCCUUCCGCUGCAUUCACCUGGGAGCACCGAGGGACCCCGUGGUGGAGUUGGCCGCCAAGAGGAGUGGACUGGACACAGAGGAAGUGCGUGCAAACGUUCCUGCAGAGCUCAGUGUGUGGAUCGAUCCGUAUGAGGUAUCCUACCAGAUUGGAGAGAAGGGUGCAGUGAAGGUGCUCUACCUGGAGGACCCUCCAGGCCUCGGCUGUGACAGUGCCAGGGCUGAGGGGGUAAUCAGAGAGGGUAAAGGAGAGGCAGAGACGGAGGAGGCCAAGAAUCUGGGCUUCAACCCAGACGCUCAGGUGUUUGUGCCAAUUGGAAGUCAGGCAUCUCCUGCCCUCAUGCCAUCGCACUCGAGCUCUCCCACACCUCUGUCUGCCCAGUCCUGCCCCGGGCUCUUCAGUUACCCCAGCUCCAGCACCCCCACUGACCCUGCUGCCCACUCCUCCAACAACUCUACCCCUUCCCCUCCCAGUGGCGGGCUGCCCUACCUCGCAGCUCAGCAGCCGCCUUCCGCUCUACCCGCUGCCCGCCCUCAGCCCAUCACCUUCACCACCGCCAGCUUCGCCGCCACUAAAUUCGGCUCGACCAAGAUGAAGAAAUGCAGCGGGGCCGGGUCCCCAGCCAGUUCUGGAGUUGUCGUACCACCCUCCCAGAGAAUGCUCUCUCACUCUCCUACCACCAUCUCAACGCCAGAGCUGCUCAAGCACAAGCCGCUGUCUCUCUCUUUGCACUCCCUCGGAGGUCCCAUCCCCAGCCAGCUCUCUCCCAACGCCAAAGAGUUUGUCUACCCAGGAUCCCCAGGCCCCCUUUUCUUUGAUGCUGACACCCAGCCCAUGCAACCUCACGCCAGCCCUUUCCAGCCCCCCCACACUGUCAACACCCAUCCGUCCUUUGACGCCUUCUCCAGCCCUCCUCCUGCCCAGAGUGUGGGCAUCAUCGGCGGCAACGGAGGAAUCUCUUACAUGGAGAAGCCGCCAUUUGUCGAGGGUUUAGGAAGCUACAACCUGCAAUAUCCCAGCCAGUCCUUCCAGCCUGUUGUGCUGGCCAACUAAGCCUUCAUUUGUAAUGAGAAGAGUUGUCGUAGGAGGAGUUGGGGUGUUAGGACAGUGAUGCUCCUGAUAUUUUCAGUUUUUCUAAGAAGUUGUUCUAAUACUAAUACAAGUUAAGAAUUAGUUUUACUACAAAGAUUUAAAGAACCACGUUCACUGAAUAUGUCAUGUGAUUUGUUUUGUUCCUCCACCCUGCCCCUUUGUCCAUUGCUGUGACUCCUCAUGUUCUAUGGUUUGGCUUUGAUGAGUGGGUGGGGGUGAUUUCCUUUCUACCUUGAGUCCUUGCCAAUCUCUUAUGUUUAUUGUUUUGCAUUGAAUGUUAAUGUGAGAGACUUUUUUUUUUUUCCUUGACUUGUAGUCUAAUGGACCCGGCUCUAGUAUAGCACCAUUUUGCACUGCACUGUCAUGCUGUGAAAAAGGACCUCGCCAAGUCCUGCAGGGAACAACGGCUGUGGAAAGCUCAGCACUUUGCUCUGCAAUCUGCUCUGCCCUACUUGCCACAAAUACAGAGAGGGGGGCUCUGCUGUCUCUGUGUGUAGUCCUGUUCUGUUUUGUUGUGGCUCAGCGCGAUCCAGAGACUCAUUGUUUGUAACUUGGGCCCGUUCCCCUUGAAACGCACUCGUGCACAGGCACAAUUUGACUCUGUUGCUGUCAGCGGGUGUAUAUUGAAAGCAGUUUAUCGUUAGCUGGAAUGUGCACAUGACACGGGUCGAAAAUGAAGUUGGAGCAGCAGAGGGAGCAGAAAGGGAGCAUCGGGGUGUUAAGGGCGUGAUGUAGUAGAAUGUAUUGUACCCGUCAGGGGAAACUGCAGCUGGGAAGGUCGGGGAAACCUUGGUGAAUGUGAAAGGCAAAUGAAUUUUUUUGUAUUUUAAAGACAACAACCAUGUGCUGAUACCUCGGUUACACACACAGGGAUUUAAGUCAUGGUUUCAUGCAUGUAUUUAAAUUGCCCGACACGCAUAUGCAGAAAUAUGUCCACAUACACACAGUUCCAGUCAGCAGCGUGUGAAGGUGAACAGGCGGAGGAGGAGGAGGUGAGGGGGAGGGGAUGCAGCAGCUAAGCAGUAGGGAUUGUGAUAAAUGGCUUAGCAUGACUUUGACUAUGAAGGAGAGGUUUUCCUCUGCAUGAGAGGAGAGAGGGAGACGGGAGGAAGACAGAAGGAAAUGAGAGAGAGAAGCAGCUGGAGGGUUCUGUUGCCUCGGCGGCUUCCAGAGUGUAUUGGCUUAGAGAGCGACACUUUAAAACCCAGAGCACGUUUCUGGUGAGCUUAAAUGGUAUUGAAGCUAAAGGCUCACACUAUUCUCUCCCUCCUCUUGAAAUUCUUUAGCGAUCUCUGCUUCUCUGGCUGCUACAAAGAAAAACCACAAUCAUACAGUUCAGGUUGCUCUGUCUUUUUUCCAAUUUGCUGUGAUGUGGACAAAGGGUACAAAGAUGAAUGUUCUUUAUUGAUGUGUGGCUUUUUGCCGCUUUAUUGGAGAGCUCGACACAUCACUGGGAGGCCGUUGUUUCUAACGUUUGUGUAGCAGUCAGGUUCAUGUGAUUGUCGGUUAGUCGCUUACCGGGAAGGGAAACCCCCACACGUCCGUUUGAGCUGUCCAGCACUUUAUUACUGGGCUCCUAAUGCUGUGCGUCGCCCCCAGACAUGAGCGCUAAACCAUUCCUUCGCCCUCUGUUUGGUUAAGGCACAUUUGAUUCAGCCGUCAUGAAAUGCUUUAGAGAUUCAAACACGAGCUAAAUUUGUAUUUAAGUGCAUCGCGCCGGUGUGGAGAUACUGUCUCGUUCAUUUAUUUGAAUGUUUUCUAGACUUGUACCCAUAAAUGUUUUUGUAUAAGAUGACCCAAGGACCCUUGACUUGUGCUCACGCUGGUACUGCGAUGUGACAGCUCGUCAUAUGCAUGCGAGUUUUAUUUCCUUUUUUUUUUUCCCCCCUAAAGGGGGUAGGUGGGGAAAUACACAUCUCUGUAAAUGCUAUGAUUGUGAGGGAAAGAUGCAUUUCUAAUUUUUGUUUUGUAAUUUAUUUCCAAUAUUUCUAUAUUUUUGUUUUUGCAAAUUCUCACUUAAAUUUGUAUGAGUAAGACAUGACUGGAGUCCAGGAAAUAUGUACAUAAAAAGUUCUUAUGUUCAGAUUCUUUGUUUAGUUUCUUACAUGCUGAGGUUAUUUUUUCAGAAAAUAACAUGAAUAUAUGCAAACUGAGACAAAAAUAAAGAUGUACAGAGUAAAGUAUUGAAUGUUUAUUGUAUCUUGUACAGCAUUUGUCUAAUAAGACGGGUAAAUGUAUUCAUUCUUCAAGUUGGAUUAGGAGUUUAAGACGUGAAUGUUUACAGUGGGUUUGUGUAGGAAAAGAUGGCUGAUAUCAUUUUUUUUCUGUGCUCCCAGGGCAGUCUGACAACACUACACCCAUCGGCAGUACAUUUAAACCAAAAAUCUCCACAUUUCAGAUUCAUUUGAGUGCAGCGUCCACCCUCCAUCUUUAUGUGAACUUACAGAAUUUCAUGUGGUUACCCCUGGUAUUUGUUCUUAAAGAAAUGAUCACUAGUUUAUUAUUAUCCCCCCCCCCCCCCCCCCGCCUUCUCAUUUAUUAAUGAACUGCACAUCAACAUCACCCACCAACACUAUGUAUGUUCCUACAGUAUCUAAACACAGAUAUACUCUCCUUCUUCACACUAUAUUUCUCAUCAAAUUUUACUUAAUUUCUCCCCUCCAUUUUUUUUCUUCUCCCCAUCAGCCUGGUCCUUUGGUCCUGAUACUAUAGCCAUAUCCCAGACUGUCUUUGCUUACACAGAUGCUCACCCUUCUCCAGUGCAAUGUUAACGCCAUCAUUUAAAAUUACCCUGAAGGAUUCAAGGGGUUUCUACCUCUAUGCACCCUGGAAAAGAAAAAAAAAAUCUUCAAUAGGAAGACAGUGUUAACGGCAGGUUUGGAAA